ACUUUUUCCAAGGCAUUCCCCAGUGCCGUGUUUAAAUAGAGGAAUCUGAAGAAGGGCUGUGCUUCCUUUCAGUGCCCUACCAGGGGUGUACUCUCUGCUCUGAUUCAAUUUAGAAAAUUUGCUUCCAAAGAAUCACUAGUUUGUUCUUUUAAAAGUGUUUUAACAAAAGAAAAUAUUCCAGGUGAGCGUGUGCUGCUCCUUGUCGCCCGACUUGGCACCCCACAUAUGUUGGCAGAUGUCAUCAAAGACACAUUAUCGGAGAUUACAACUGAAUUAAAGAGGAGACACUGGAAAUCCAGAGAUAACUGCUAUAGUUUUAGAAAGAGAAGGUGCCUUUCAGUACAUUAACAUUGACACUGCAUACGCGAAUACCUCAGUAAGAAGGUAACUGUCAACAGGCGCCUUUGUACCUUUCAUAUCGCCUCAAUCCCCUGACCAUCAUGUCCCGCUGGGCACGUAAAAACAAAAAUGACAAAACGACAGAAGUGGUGCGGACCGUGACGGAAGGGCUCAGGUCUCUCUACCGUAAGAAGCUCCUGCCCAUCGAGAAGCAUUACGGCUUCCAUGACUUCCACUCCGCGAAUCUCGAGGAUGCCGACUUUGACAACAAGCCCAUGGUGCUGGUGGUGGGCCAGUACUCAACAGGCAAGACGACCUUGAUCAGGUACCUGCUGGAGCAGGAUUACCCAGGCAGCCGUGUGGGCCCAGAGCCGACCACUGACUGCUUCACUGCCAUCAUGCAUGGAGAUGUGGAAGGCCUCAUCCCAGGGAACGCCCUGAUCGUCGACCCCAACAAGCCCUUUAGGAAGCUCAAUCCGUUUGGCAACACUUUCCUCAACCGGUUUCAGUGUGCUCAGAUGCCCAGUCAAGUGCUGGAAAGCAUCAGUAUCAUCGAUACACCUGGGAUUCUGUCUGGGGCCAAGCAGAGAGUAAACAGAGGGUAUGACUUCCCAGCAGUGCUGCGCUGGUUUGCCGAACGUGUGGACCGCAUCAUCCUUCUCUUCGAUGCCCACAAGCUGGAGAUAUCCGAUGAGUUUUCUGAGGCCAUCGAGGCAUUGCGUGGCAAUGAGGACAAGCUGAGAGUCGUCCUGAACAAGGCCGACAUGGUGGGCACCCAGCAGCUGAUGCGGGUGUACGGCGCCCUCAUGUGGUCACUGGGCAAAGUGUUUGGGACCCCCGAGGUGCUGCGGGUUUAUAUCGGUUCUUUCUGGUCGGAGCCGUUGAUGAUACCAGACAACCGGAAGCUGUUUGAGCUGGAGGAGGAGGAUCUCUUUGCAGACAUUCAGAGCUUGCCUCGAAAUUCUGCUCUGCGCAAACUCAAUGACUUGGUAAAGAGGGCUCGUCUGGUCAGGGUUCAUGCCCACAUAAUUGGCCACCUGAAGCAGGAGAUGCCCUCAGUUUUUGGAAAGGACAAUAAGAAGAAGAACUUGAUCCACCAGCUGCCUGUCAUCUUCUCGAAGAUCCAGCUGCAGUAUAACAUUUCCUCGGGAGAUUUUCCGGAUUGUGCCAAGAUGCAAGACAAACUUUUGGUGCAUGAUUUCACGAAAUUCAAGUCUCUAAAGCCCAAUUUAUUGGCUGCCUUGGAUGAGCUGCUGUCUACAGAUAUUGCCAAGCUGAUGCCCCUUUUGCAUCAGGAGGAACUAGACGCGUGCACCCAAGCUGGGGUUCAAGGGGGGGUCUUUUUGGGUUCCCGCGGAGGUCCUUUCCAAGAGGGGGAUGUUUUUGCCGAAAUGGAUGAGGAUGGCGACGAGAGUGUGGCGGAGGAAGAGGACUGGGUGGUGAUGAAAGACAAGCCCAAGUAUGAUGAGAUCUUCUACAACCUCUCACCCAUAGAAGGAAAGCUGAGCGGCAGCAAGGCCAAGGACUGGAUGGUGAGCACCCGCCUGCCCAACUCCGUGCUCGGCCGCAUCUGGAAGCUGUCGGACGUGGACCGGGACGGCAUGCUAGAUGCUGAUGAGUUUGCUCUGGCCAGCCAUCUUAUUGAGGUCAAACUAGAGGGGCAUGGGCUACCCCAGGAACUGCCUGCCCGCCUAGUGCCCCCAUCCAAGCGGCGGCACAGAGGCUCAGAUGCAUAGGCAGCAUCUGUCGUCAUUAUUUCUUUGUUUUUCUCCCCCUUCUGCCUGUCCUGUCACGCACCUCUUUCCUUCAUAUCCUCACAAACCACCCAGAAGCCUGUAGUGUGUAACCUGUGUACCUGUUAUACAAGUAUGGGUUCACCAUUGACUACAAUAUUUUGCUUUGCAUUCCCAAAGAAUUUUUCUGAUCUUGUAAACGUCUGACGAGUAAGUCGGCCAAAAUGUGUGUCCUGUGAUGCUUCUAAUCUACUGUUAUACCUGCACACAUGUUUGUUUAACUCCUGUAAUCAGCCCAAAACAUAUUUGGACUCAAGUAAAGUAAAGUUUAUUUCUCUAGUGUGGGCUAAACAUAUUGCUUAACCAAAUGAAGAAAAAGCUAACCCUUUACCGGGAUUUGGCAAUUCUGUCCCACAAUCCCCACCAUGUCUGGUUUUGUGUAGCCAUUUCUUGUAAUUUACAUGCCUUUUUAAUGAGAUAUGUUACCUUAUACUGCUUUAGAGUUACUAGGACGUCCAUACUUAAUUACUGUGUGUUAUUGAUGCAGUCAACAUGUUUUUAGAGAAAAUCCCUGCGAACACAUGACUGUGAUGACUGGCUAUAAGUCUCAUCAAUAUUUCAAUAAAAUAUGAAUACUUUAAUACUCCAAAAUAAUGUGGAAAGUUAACUUCCAUUUCAGGGACGGAUAUUAAAUGUACCUGAAAAUUUGUACAUUUUAAUUCAUGCAGUAUUUAACUACUGGCUGUUUUAAAUCAUAGAUAUAAAACUAAUAGAACUUGAAUACAUUCCAUUCUUAUCCAAAAUCCUUUGCAGCUUUUACUCAUUUCAUGCAGUCUGAUGUCUUUCUAUGCCAGGACUUGUCCCUAAUUAUCUGUUUAUAAAACUAUAACGUGCCGUCGCUUAAUUUAGUUAUACUACUCAGAAACAGUGAGAAUCUUGGAGGCUUUAGGUGAAUAUUUAUAUUAAUGUAGAGCAGUGUUUUUCAGCCCAGUCCUUGCACCCUGCUGACUGGGCCACAUCUUUGCUCUCUCCCAGUUCCCAACACGUCUCUUCCAGCCAUUCCCUGCUCUCACUUGGUUAUUUGGUUCAGGUGAGCUGGAAGGAGCAGAAAUCUGGAUGUUUUGAGGGUCCCUGGGGACUGGCCUGAGAAACAGCAUUGAGUACAUAAAAGAAAUCGAUUGUCUUAUAUUGUUAAUUAGGUAAUAUGUAAAUUGUUUAUAUAAAGUAGUGAUAGUAAAAUA